GGGCGUUGUUAUUAUUAUUAUAUCCGGGAUUUUUGCUCUCCUCACGCAGAACAAGUACCUGCUAUUUCACAUCGAUUCUCCACAGCCACGCUGGACACGAUGGACUAUAGUAUCCGCGCCGCUAACGUGGAAGACUGCAAGGACAUCGCGCGGAUGAUCAUGGAAUUAGCAGAAUAUGAGAAAGUAACAGAGCAUGUGAAGGUCACACAGAGAGACUUGGAGCAGGAUGGUUUCUCCAAGAACCCAUUCUUCCAUGGAAUUAUUGCGGAGGUACCGGAGCAGCAUAAAAGCAGUGAAGGUCAUGUGAAGAUAGGCUAUGCACUUUACUUCUAUGCCUACAGUUCAUGGUCAGGCAGAGCUGCUUAUAUGGAGGACUUGUACGUGAUGCCGGACUUUAGAGGGAAGGGCAUUGGCAAAGCGCUUAUGAGCAAGGUGGCACAGCUGAGUCUGGCUGCCGGCUGCAAACAGCUCAAUUUUACCGUUCUGAACUGGAACAAAGCAUCACUGGAUUUUUACAUCAGCCAAGGCUGUUUUGAUGUCACGGAAAAAAUGGGCUACCACUGUAUGCGCUGUGAGGAGGAGGCACUGCAAAACCUGGCCCAACCCUAAUCUACCAGCUGGGCUCCUGACUUUGUGCCCAUGAGCAUGAGGUCGACCUCUCAGACUUAAUGGUGAUGAAACACAAAUUCAAGGGGGAAAAAAUGAUUUAAGUAAUUAUCUGUUCAUAAGCUCUGCCCCCACUUCAUUACUGUCAGGCUAGGCAAUAGUAUUGCUGUGUGUUUACACUAGGUAACGUGUAAUUUAAAUGUGUCAUAUGACAAAAUGACAUCAUACAAAUUCAAUGCAAAUAUCAGGCGGUAUGAUGACACAACACGAGAUAAGAUGUGAAACUUGUACACCUGCCUCUACUUACAAUCCAAGUAACUUCAGCCAUUUUUGUGUGAGACUUUGCAAAAAAGACAACGACAAUUUGUGAUGCGUUCAGUGUUAACGCACAUUAAGAUUUAAACCACGAGAAAAACACACCUAUAUUUACUACACUGUUGAGCUGAGUAAUUUGAAUUUGAAUUGACUUUAUUCCUCCCCCGGGGGGGAAACACACAUGGCAAGGGCUUUGACUUUGACUUUAAAGGCUUCACCAUGUUUCCACAGCAGCCCAAACAGAUCAUUUGCAUUUUGAAGCGGAAGCUUACGACACAAACACAAUAGAACUACAUCCUUUCUGGUAUGUGAAGGCCACCGUAGUCACCAUUCGAUCCUUACACUCUGGACCUUUAACCUGAAGUAGUGACCAUUAAAUGUCAUAAUUCAAAGGUAAAAUUAUUUCAUACACCAGAAAACUUGAUGCACUUCAUUGCACAAACAUGGGUGUGGGGUUUCAUUGACUAACUCUUUCCCAUUAAAUUCAUGAUUAAAUGUGACAAUAACAACCAAAAAGCCAGUUACCUCUGACUGUAGAUGUUUGUAUUUGUAUGUAGCCAUUGUUUUCAUCCCAAUAAGCUCCGUACAUAGUGUGCACCGAAGGAAUCUGUGGAAUUCAACCUAAAACCUCCAUCAAAUCUGCCAAAUAGCAAACUGAGGCCUGGUUAUAAAUAAAUGUAUGAAGCACAGAAUCAAAAGCGAACCAACCAGUGGAAUUUGAAAAAAAAUAAAAAUAAAUCCUGGACUGGACUCAGCAUCUUAAACUUGUCCUGGUCUGGACUUCUGUUUUAUAUCCAGUUAAAUUAAAAAAAAAAGAAAAAGGAAAAAAAGAAAAGGACUUUUCAUAUCAUUUCCAGCCAUUUAAUGAAAACACCCAGAGUACUGAGUUAUAUUUAGUUUGUUUUCUCUCACUCUAAACAAGUAGAAAACGCUGACCGUCUUUUGUAGCUUUGGCAAUUUCCAUAUUUUCUUUAUAAAACAUUUGAGUAAAGAAUGGGCUGUUGUUUUUUUUGCUUCUAUGUGCAAAAUCUACAAAAUCAAUCAAUGUGACAAAGCACAUUUAACAUCUUGUCAUCCAUGCUGUUGCAGAGUGCAUGACCCAAGGAAUCUAUAUUGACUCAAAGGGAAGACGGAGAGAUAUUUAUAUCCUCCCUUGUCUGCAUCUUCCCACCAGAAUAGCAGACCCAGAGUUAUAAAUUAUAAGACUUGUCGCUCUAUUUCUCAAGUGGAGUCCACAAACUCUUUCUAAAUCAAAUCAAAGUUGACUCUUCUGCAAUAAAUCCAUCAACUUUAAUGAGCAAACUGUAAAUUCAAAAGACAAGAGAAGACUUUUAAAUGCUUGAAAUGUUAAUUUUAGAUUUUUACUACACGGACGAACAGCCAGUACCAGUAGACAAAACAACCAUGAUGCAUCGGACUGGUUUUACUCAACUGUGGUGCCGUUUAUUUGUGAGGACGAGCCUCUGUGUUUGGUUUCUUGUGUGUCAUACAUGUUUAUAUUUUACUUCAACAGUGUUUUAUUGUUUGUUUGUUUUUUAUUCUCCAUGUUUCUAUUUUUCCUCCUGUGGGAAGCUUGUGCACUGUAUGUUUUAAGAUUUUCUUUUUUUGUUUAAGUGCCAUUUGCGGUCUCUGAAAGAAUCUAAGUAGUAUCUACUGUACCUGGAAUCUACUUUAGCCAUUUUUGUUUUGGUUUGACUGCUUUGUUGAUACUGAUCAGAUGAAUAAAGUGUGUGAUUUGUGAUUUAGUGGCUGUCUAAAGGAAUAUCCAUAGCUGGUUAGUUGAGAAUAUAAAAUGUUUGUAAAUCUGAAUUGAAAAAAGUGGGAAUAAAAUGAUGACUAUCAAGUUA